GUAAAAUAUAUUGAAGGGAAUGGGAAGUCGACAGAAUGUUUUUGCCCGGAGUUAACACAAAAAUAUGGCUAUUCCCUUUCUACAAUUCCUAAUUAGGACUGGUUUUGCUGUUUUCUCAUGUCUUAUUAUCGUACAACACGGACUUAAGAAGAAAUCACUGGAUGUGACCGGCGCUGUUGCCGCUGUAGUAGUAGGGUUUUUGUUGACCUUGAGCAACCUUUGCUUCUUCGCUUCUUGUGCAACGUUCUUCCUCUCAAGUUCAAAGCUGACAAGAUUCAAAUCCGACGUCAAGGAGAAAAUAGAAGACGACUUUAAAAAAGGUUGGUAUCAGAAGUCUUCCCUUUCGGUUCUUUCAAGUGACAAAUGAGUUUUCCGAAACGAACUUGUGAUCAACCCUUCACAAUUGUGAAAGUGCCACUCAUUACUUAUUUACGUUUCUUGAAAACUCCUUUAGUGUGUCAAAAAUGACAGGUAGAUUUUAAAAAUAACUGGAAAGACACCGGGGGAAAUCUUUCCAUCAUAAUAAGCUUAACUUCUACUGCGAGGUUCGAAAGUUCACGUAGUCUGAGGUCAAAGUACAAACUAUUUAAACAGAUUGCACAGAUUUAAUGCGGAUUUACGUUAACUUAAUCUUACACUGUUUUUUGAAAUAAACUUUUUAAUUGAAUGUUUAUGGUUAUCGUUGUUUUGUUUUGUUUGUUUGUUUUUUUCUGUUGUCAACUUAUCUUCUGAUAGUGCAUGUUAGUGCUAUGGUUAAUACUGAGACAGCUUAAUGAUAUUGUAUUUGGCACAAGCAGAAAUGCUUUCAAGUUCUUUAGUAAAGGCCAUCUAAUUAUUAAUAAUUGGUUUAUCAUCAAAAUGCUUGAGCUACAUGAUACAGUCAACACUUGCCUUGCGGACACCCUAAUAAUAAAUUACAGACGUUUGACUGAACUAUACUCCCUUUGUUACGGACUCUCACUAAUGAUGACUCUAACUCAAGGUCCCAACAGUGUCCACUAUAAAGGGAGUUGACUGUAACAGAUUAUGGAAAUUGUUUGGUGGAUUAUCGUGAGAAAAUAAAAAGUAGAUUGAUGCAAAUGAAAAUAUUUAUGACAGAAUGACAAAGGUGAAACAGCAAGGAAACUGGCCACCAGGCUAAAUGAACAGCAGAAAUCAAUGUAAGCCUGCGAUCUCAAGUCUGCUAUGUCUGAACACAAGGGUGCAGGCUACUCCAUCGACUGGGCCAGUGUAAAAAUAAUUGGCCAAGAAAACCACCUGCUUUCACACAAGAUACUUGUGGCCAUAAACAUUCAUACUUGGCAACUGGCAAUGAACCAUGAUUAGGGCUACCACCUUCCCUCAAUUUAUAGGAUAAUUUUGUAGCCUCAUCAAAACAAGGAUGCAAUUCAUUAACAACAAAAUAAUGUCACUGAUGAGGGGAUCAGGAUGGGUUCCGAAAGCUCUGCGUAACUUUCAUGAAUUUCUUGUAUUUUGAAGAAUAUUAUUUUCUUUGCAAAAUUAUUUGUUCCACUGAUGGCCCUUUUCCAUUACUCUUCCUGUGUUUUAUAAAACACAGCAUUAUUCUCCCUGGUUGUUUGUAAGAGUUUGUUUUGUUCUCAAAAUGUCUGGCACUAACAAAAUUGGUCCUUAGUCAAAAAACAUAAACGUUAACAUAAAUUACUCUUAAUUGCACACAAGAGGAAAAUAGAUUGAAUUUUUAUAUUUUAGAGAUUUUUCUUGCUAAGUCCCAGUAUGGCAUCUUCCUAGAAAAAAGAAAUCUUUCUGGGUCUUCUUGUCUCAUGACCCGAAAUGGACAGACCUCAUGGAAAAAUGAGGCCUCGGGACUAGGCCAAGAUUUCUCCAAAUUAUAAGAUCAGUUGGGUAAUCAAAUUCUCUCUGAUGAUUGAUUAUAAAAUUUCAACACUAGUUAUUGUAGAUGAUGUCAUCCAGGUUUUGUUUAUACUAGGCUGGGCUCUAAUCCAAGCAUUAAUUUUAUGGUACUCAUAAAUACCUUUUGACUGUCUCUUGCAGGAGGUCAGAGAAAUUGGAUACAGGUUUUCUGCAAUGGAGGAGUGCCAACAUUGCUGGCCCUGUUUUAUAUGAUUGAUGUCGGUAUUGGAGAACAUGCAAUUGACUUUGCAAAGGACUUUACUUCAUCUGUGCUUUCUAUUGCUGUUCUCGGAUCCUUUGCUUGCAGCUGUGGGGAUACGUGGGCAUCAGAAAUAGGAACAACCAUAAGUUCUCAUGUCCCUGUUCUUAUAACAACAUUCACUAAAGUCCCUGUAGGAACCAAUGGUGGAAUCACAAUAACUGGAACUGUCGCAAGUGUUCUUGGUGGAACUGUGAUUGGAGUUGCUUAUUAUUUAUCAUUGGUAUCAAUAUUGGCAGUGCGCAGGAUCACAGUGAUUACCCCACAAUGGCCAGUCAUAGUAAUGGGUUGUUUAGGAGGCUUUCUUGGAUCUGUGUAUGAUUCAUUACUGGGUGCAACUUUGCAGUACUCUGGAUAUUGUUCAGUAAGGAAACGUGUUGUUAACAAACCUUCCCCAAGCACAAAACACAUUUCAGGAAGAUCCAUCCUUGAUAACCAUGCUGUCAACCUCGUGUCAAGUCUUCUUACAAGUAUCACAAUGCCCUUCAUUGGCUACUUUUUAUGGAAAGCGAUUGAUGACCAAUAUUAG